UGUUGAUUGGUAGACGUGUCUUUCACUCCCACCUUCCCUUUGUGAAUUAUGAUUAAGAUUCCCAUUGUGAAUUAUGGUAGACAGCUUCACGGUUUUAUUUGCAUCAUCUGGCUAGCCGGUGUUCACCGACUCACCUGGAUCUUGGAAGCGUAUGACCUGAGAUAGAAAACCUCAGACUCGAGCCCUUUGAAUCCAAUAUUUUUUCUACUACUUCGUCUGUGUCUGUGUGUGCAAAGAUAGAGGGAGAGAGAUGAGUAGUAGUAGAGAGGGAGGUGGAAAUGAGAAAGUUGGUCUGUUUGAGACAAGAAAACCGAAGGGUAGACUAACUUAUAAGCUAUUUGCAUCCACCAUAUUUGUGGGCAUUUGUUUGAUUUGGGUUUACAGGAUAUGGUAUAUCCCAAGAGCAGGAGAGCCUGGGAGAUGGGUUUGGAUCGGAUUGUUUGUAGCGGAGCUGUGGUUUGGGUUCUACUGGGUAAUCACUCAAUCUGUUCGUUGGAAUGUUAUUUUUCGUUACCCCUUCAAGGAGAGGCUGUCGCAGAGAUACGGUGAUAAGAUGCCGGCCGUAGACAUCUUCGUGUGCACCGCGGACCCCACAAUAGAGCCACCGAUCAUGAUCGCUAACACUGUAUUGUCGGUGAUGGCAUACGAUUAUCCACCGGAGAAGCUGAGCGUAUAUCUGUCGGAUGAUGGUGGAUCGGAUCUGACAUUCUAUGCGCUCUUUGAGGCUUCUCGUUUCGCUAGGCAUUGGAUACCUUUUUGUAACAAGUUCCAGGUGGAGCCAAGGUCGCCUGCCGUCUAUUUUCCGGCUUCAUCUUCAUCCGACAAGGAAUGGUUAUCCGUCAAGAUGUUAUACGAAGAUAUGAGAAACCGGAUAGAAACAGCAGUUGAAUUGGGUAGAAUCCCGGAAGAAAUAAAGGGACAACACAAGGGAUUCUGGGAAUGGAAGUCGAGAGUGAGUAAGCGCGAUCAUCACACCAUUCUCCAGAUAUUGAUCGACGGGAGGGACUCAUCAAACCCAACUGCUGUGGACAUUGAAGGGCAUGCUUUGCCAACUUUGGUGUACUUGGCUCGUGAAAAGAGGCCUCAAUUCCCUCACAACUUCAAAGCCGGAGCUAUGAAUGCGCUGAUAAGGGUAUCAUCUGAGAUAACCAACGGGCAGAUUAUACUCAACGUCGACUGCGAUAUGUACUCAAACGAUCCUGAAGCAUUGAGAGAUGCACUAUGUUUCUUCAUGGAUGAAGAAAACGGUGACGAGAUUGCUUACGUUCAAUUUCCGCAAUACUAUGACAAUAUCAUCAAUAAUGAUAUAUACGGUAAUAUCUCCCCGGUAAUUAACAAGUUGGAACUUGCGGGAGCUGAUGGAUAUGGGGGAUCUCUCUACUGUGGGAGUGGAUGUUUUCACAGGAGAGAGGCACUUUCUGGGAAGAAGUAUAACAAGGGGUAUAAAGUAGAUUGGAACAAGGAGAUUAUAAGGAAGAUGGAUAAAACUCAUAAAAGUGUUUGUGAAUUGGAAGAAUCGUCCAAGGUUUUGGCCAAUUGUACUUACGAGAAUGGUACUCAGUGGGGAAAGGAGAUGGGUUUGAUUUAUGGGUGUCCAGCGGAGGAUGUAAUAACAGGGCUAACGAUCCAAUGCAGGGGCUGGAAAUCAGUUUUGUACAAUCCGGAGAAAAGGGGUUUCUUGGGUGUUGCUCCCAUCACAUUGGAUCAAUCUCUAGUGCAAUUUAAGAGAUGGGCUGAAGGCAUGUUUCAAAUUGCUGUUUCUAAGUACUGUCCCUUCUGGUACGGUCUUGGGAAGAUAAAGAUUGGCCUCCAAAUGGCCUAUUGUGUUUACUGUUUAUGGGCUCCCAAUUCCUUCCCAACACUCUAUUACGUGGUCGUCACCCCCGUUUCCCUACUUGAAGGCAUUUCCUUGUUCCCACAGAUGUCUAGCCUAUGGUUCGUCCCAUUUGCCUUUGUGUUCAUUGGCAAGAAUGUAGGCGGCCUAGUGGAGGCAGUGUGCUGUGGGCAAAGCAGUAGGCAAUGGUGGAACCUGCAAAGGAUGGUGUUGAUUCGCAGGACAACGUCGUUCCUCUUUGGGUUCACCGACACCAUUGUGAAGAAACUAGGGUUCUCUCAAACAGCGUUUGUUAUCACAGCCAAGGUCGCUGAUCAGGAUGUAUCCAAGAGAUACGAACAAGGGCUACUGGAGUUCGGGACCUCUUCCCCUAUGUUUACGAUCCUAGCAACCGUAGCAUUGUUGAAUCUUUUCAGUUUGGUUUGGGCACUUAAGAGAGUGGCUUUGGACAUGGAGCUUAAGGCUGUUGAGCAAUUGGUCUCACAAAUUGUUCUUUGCGGGCUGGUGGUUCUCAUUAACAUACCCGUCUACCAAGCACUCUUCAUUCGCAAGGACAAGGGACGGAUGCCAACUUCAGUCACAGUUGCAUCCACUGUUUUGGCUUCUCUGCUUUGUCUCAUGCCCAUGUAUUAAUUAGAAUGUUUCCUGCUAUCUUCAUUAUUCAUAUAUUUGAACUCUUUAUUACAGAGGAAGGAUUUUCGCAUUUUGUCUUGUGAUUAAGCA